CGCCUCUUCUCUCAGUACCAGCAGCAGCAGAGGACGCCCGCAACAUCCACGGUGCGAACCGCCCCCCUCCCCCUGCGCUCGGACCACAAAACACAGGCGUUGUCCGCAUCUGCGGGAAUCUGCUCGUAUCCGCGAGGGACCGCGGACGACUGCCGCUGCUCGGCGGAGGAAUUUAUGCUUGUUUUAAUUCACGCGGCGGCGGUUCGCAGUCAGUCCAUUGUUCUGCAUGACAGACUGGGCAGAAAUGAUGCAUCUGCACCUGGGGACUGACAGCAUCGCCUCGCCCUCUGCUCUCAUAUGACUCCAGUCAUCUCGGCAGCCGGAUUCGUCAGCAUCUGAAGCGAGCAUCGCGCUCCCUUGUCUUGUCCGCAUCCAACUUCCAAGAAGAUGUCGAAAAUGAAAAACUGCGAAAGUGUCAAAGUGGUGGUGCGCUGCCGCCCGCUGAACCGCAGAGAGGAGGCGGCGGGCACUGACAGGAUUGUGGAGAUGGACGUGAAACUGGGCCAGGUGGCGCUUCGGAACCCGAAGGCGCCCCCGGGAGAGCCGUUCAAGACGUUCACGUUCGAUGCCGUCUACGACGCCGGGUCCAGACAGAGCGACCUGUACGACGAGACUGUGAGACCCCUCAUAGACUCGGUGCUGCUCGGCUUCAAUGGGACCAUCUUCGCCUACGGCCAGACGGGCACCGGCAAGACCUACACAAUGCAAGGCUUGUGGCAGGACCCUGAGAAAAGAGGAGUCAUCCCGAAUUCCUUCGAGCACAUCUUCACGCACAUAUCCAGAUCCCAGAACCAGCAGUACCUGGUGAGGGCCUCCUACCUGGAGAUCUAUCAAGAGGAAAUCAGAGACCUCCUAUGCAAAGACCACACAAAGAAGCUGGAGCUCAAGGAGAAUCCAGAUUCAGGAGUUUACAUCAAAGACCUCUCCUCCUUCGUGACCAAAAAUGUCAAGGAGAUUGAGCACGUGAUGAACGUGGGCAACCAGACCAGGUCGAUCGGGUUCACCAACAUGAAUGAGCACAGCUCCAGGUCCCACGCCAUUUUCGUCAUCACGGUGGAGUGCAGCGAGACGGGCCUCGAUGGCGAGAACCACAUCCGCGUGGGCAAGCUGAACCUGGUGGACUUGGCCGGCAGCGAGCGACAGAGCAAGACCGGGGUGCAGGGGGAACGCCUCAAAGAGGCCACCAAGAUCAACCUAUCCCUCUCUGCCCUGGGCAAUGUCAUCUCCGCCCUAGUGGACGGAAAGAGCACCCACGUCCCCUACAGAGACUCCAAGCUGACUCGGCUACUGCAGGACUCCCUGGGAGGAAACGCCAAGACCAUCAUGGUGGCCACUCUCGGGCCCUCGUCCAGUAACUACGACGAGACCCUGACCACACUCAGGUACGCCAACAGAGCCAAGAACAUUAAGAACAAGCCGCGGGUGAACGAGGACCCCAAGGACGCCCUUCUGAGGGAGUUCCAGGAGGAGAUAGCCCGUCUGAAGGCUCAGCUGGACAAGCGCGGGAUGCUGACCAAGAAGAGACGGCGGACUAGUCGUAGGCUGAGGAAGAGCUUGGAUGGGGAAGAGGUAACAGAUGGGGAGGGCGAUGAGGAGACGGAGGAUAGCAUGGAGAAGGAUGUGGAAGACUAUAUGAAGGAGCAGGAGGAGAAGCUGGAGCUGGAAAAGGCUGCAAUCCUGGAUGACCGAAGCCUGGUGGCUGAGGAGAAGCAGAGGCUGCUGGAAGAGAAGGAGAAGAUGAUGGUGGACCUGAGGAAGGAGCAGGAGGCCACAGAGAUGCUAACAGCUAAAUUUAAGGCCAUGGAGAGCAAGCUGCUGGUUGGAGGGAAGAACAUCAUCGACCACACGAAUGAGCAGCAGAAGAUGCUAGAGCUCAAGAGGCAGGAGAUUGCUGAGCAGACACGCCGGGAGAGAGAGAUGCAGCAGCAGAUGUUGAUUCAGGAUGAGGAGACGCUGGAACUGAGAGAGACCUUUUCCUCCCUGCAGCAGGAGGUGGAGCUCAAAACCAAGAAGUUCAAGAAGUUGUUUGCGAAACUGCAGUCGGUGAAGGGAGAGAUCCAGGAUGCCAACGACGAACACGUGAGGGCCAGGCAGGAACUGGAGCAAACCCAGAAUGAAUUGACCAGGGAGCUGAAGUUCAAGUACCUGAUCAUUGAGAACUUUAUCCCUCCUGAGGAGAAGAACAAAAUCAUGAACAGGCUUCUCUUCGACAGUGAGGAGGACCAGUGGAAGUUCCAGCCCCUGGUACCGGCUGAGAAUAAAUUUGUGCAGAUGAAGCGAAGGCCUGCCUCUGCAGUGGGGUACAAGAGACCUAUCAGCCAGUUUGCCCGGAAUGCCAUAGCCAUGGGAGCACCAUCGAGGUAUCGGGCUGAGAACAUCAUGCUGCUGGAACUGGACAAGAGCCCACCCACCAUGUUCCACCUGGACUUUCCUAAGGCACAUUCUGAGCAGGACUUGGCCCUGCAGCUCAAUAGGAGCCUUCUGCUGGACAAUGCCACUUAUAGGGAGAUGGCUGCCACUGCACGGGUCAGAAAGUCCAGAUCUUGGUGUCAAGCUCCACGUGUCAUCUCGUCCUCUCCUUCCACCUGCUCGCUCGCUUCAAGGCCCCUGUGCCCCCCUCACGAGCAGGGGGCGGCCGCCAGCGCGCCCCACCCCUGAAGAGGAAAGGAGCCCCCUGGAGCAGCACAAACCUGCUAACCAAUAGUCGGGGGCCCGUCCCCGGACCGCCGGGAUCUUCAUUCCGAAUAUUUGAUUUUCAUUUGUUUGUACGUCAGCAGCCUCAAGCCUUCCCGCAUUUGAUGUAUUGCGCAACAGAAGAACUGUCUCUCCAAGAUGCUGUCCUGUCUGCCUGUUUUAUUUUCACCUGAGCCGGUCUUCGAAGCCUUCUAACACAGGAAUAGGUACUCGUUUGACUCGCAUGUUUUCCUGCCUGGAUGUUUAAGAACAGAGCAAUCCUGACCCUCGCGGUGUCCUUUGGCUUGCAGUACCCUGCCCCUCCCCAGUCUCCAUGGCCCUUCUACACUCUGCAGUGCAUCAAGAGGGUCUCGGGGGCGUCUUGAAUCUCAUAUCUGCAGAUGAAAGUACGAGGCUUCAGCAAAGGACCCGAUGAAGCCCCUAUGCUUGUUUCUCUAGAUGCUUAAACUUCUGAUCUCUGUGGAAAAGCACCAUGAACCUGGGAUGACUUGAAGAGCCACUUCAGCCAAGUUUACUGCCACACGUUACCAAAUUCACAAAGUACAUUUCCCACUUCAUCGUAGGUUUCUCGUCUUACUAAUUAAAAGUAGGAUAGUGUAAAGGGUCUUAAAAUGUAUAUUUUAUGUAACAGCUUUUGACUUAAACAUUUUAGAGCUUGAAUUAUUCUAACAUUUGUAUUAAACCUGAUAUAUGGCAAUCCAUAUGGAGUCCAUUUAUCCUAUGAGAAGGGUAAAAAGAUAUUCUUUGUAAAAAGCCACAUUAAAACGAACACAAGGCUGCACAGUGAAAAUACAGGAGAAAAGAGCUUGACUUUCCCAGUUUUCUCGUUUCUGAAAAGCCAUUUUGCCAUUGCCCUCCAGUGGAGAACUAAGCUGCAUGGGGCAUGGGAAAGAGUUGCAUUCACAUUCCUUGUUAUUUUAGAGGAGUGUAAUCAUUGAGAGAUUGAUCCCAGACAUUCCUCUCCUUUCCCUUUAAAGUUAGCCCUUUCACACUGAUCUUUACUGACCCCUCUUCCUGUUUUAGUUACCAAAUUCAACAAUCCUGGUGCAAUCCACGCCAUUACAAAAAAUGCAAUAUAUAUAUACUAAUAUACUGUAUGUCCAAGAAACUGUCGGUUUUGUAUUUAAAAUUGCCUGCUUCCUAUUUGCACUCGUUGACGGAAAAGAUAUUUCAUCUCAGAAGAGCCAGUCUACAGUGUAAAAUUACUAUGCCAUCAUCAUCAAGACAUUUUCAAGACUCUUAGUUAACAGGAGACUUCACAUUAUAAAAUUCAACAUAACUGAUAUAAAAAAAAAAACACAUGGCAGUUGAAUCUAUUAGUGGCACUGGAUGUCAUCUGGAUGUCAGUCAUCAAAUGUGCAAUGGAAUAUUACAUCUAGCAGCACUGUCUAAGCACUUAUAUUUGAGGUAUAAUUAUGCUGUAUAUGCUUUUCUUGGUGCUUUACGUUUGGACAUGUGUUACUUAUGUAACUAACCUUUAUCUGUGCCCUGCAUACACUAUAGUAAGAAGUCGUUGCUUCAGCGAGGCUGACAUUCUGCCCCGUCAAAUCCCACCACAGCAGUUCUUUCCUUUUAUACUGUGAAAAUGUAGUGGCAUAUAGAGAAAUGAGCAUUUAUAAUUUCCAACUUUAAUCAGGCUCCAAUGGGAAUAAUGAAGACAAUGAAGUAAUUGCUGGCUAAUGUAAAUAGUAUUUUGUGAGUUUCUUCCCUGAUUUUUCAAUAUCCAUGUUAUGUGUCAUUCUUGAAGUCUGUAGGUCAAUUAAGCAAAUGGCCUGCUGAAAGACUAUUCUUAAAGAGAAGAUGCAUUAUUGUUUUUUUAUAGCAUGAAUGAAUGACGGGUUGUUCAGCUGCCCCCAUCACACCAAAAAUAUUCCAGUGAAGUUAAAAGGUUGUGUCUGAAAAAUGAGGUUAGAUGUUGUCUGUGACAUUUUGGAGGGUGUAAUAGUGCUGUAAAAGAUAUUCUGAAUGCAAUGGUGUUUUGAGCAAGACUCUGUGGGACUGUUCUCUUUAACAAGAUGAUUGCUUACUUCCUGUGAGUGUGACUUAUUAGGCAUGGUGCUUGAGUGAAAUGAAACCUGUCUCCACUGGAAAGGGGAACAUACCCGGACCUUUGGACAUAUGACCCGCUUGCAGACUGAAGAGUUGAGGUUAGGAUUACACUAAUUAAUAAAGGACAGGUUAAGAGGGACAAUGAGAAAAGAAUCAGGCAGAGCAAUUCUGUAUAAAUUAUUAAAUGUUGGGAGCACAUGCAGCUUCAUGUCAUAAAGGCCCUUGCUGGGCAGAGAGGGGAAUAAAAAUAUUGGACACUUGCGUCUUGAUCUCGACCUGGUUCAUUCCUUUUCAACGAGUCAACCGUUGGCUCACAGGAUGUUGUGGUAAAGUCCACAUGGUGUUGUACACCAUAACGUUUUGUUCCUUUUAGAGUUACAUUUUGGGGCUUUAUCAUUGCAGGUAAAAGCAGGGAGCAAAGGUUACCAUGGAGUGUAAGUACUGAGGAGUAAAAGCAGCAUUUCUCAUCAUACAAACGUUAGAGGUACCACAACAUACUAUCUUUAUUUACUAAAAAAAACACGUCAAUAAAUGUAUUAGUAUGACCUUCACAUUGCUCUUUACCUUUUGAAUUUUGGGUGGUGUAUGUGCAGACUUACUGGAAGUAAAGCAACGGUAAUAGUGCUGUAAUUGACGUUGUCCCAAAAGGCUGGGAGUUCUAUACUGGAACAUGAAAAGUACCUAUUGUUCCAUAACAAGAUCAAAUGCCAGAUUCCAUCUGCACUACUAUAGGUUUGCAGUGACAUCACUAUGUAUGAGUAUUUUCCAAGAGUUCACCAUGUUCAGGAUACUGAGCAUGGGUUUCCACACUAUUUCCAUGGUGGAAUAUGGAGGAGAAGCAUCGUAAUCGUUGUUUUUCCGGUCGGUCGGUCUUCUGAUUUCAUGAGUACCAAUAUAGCAGGGCUAUUUGAGAUGAGACGCUCUCUGUCCUUA